GCCGCCGCGCAGAGCGCAGCCAGCGUCGGCCGACCACGCGGCCACGCUGGCGGCCGUGCAGCUGAAAGGCGACGCGCUGCAGUUCGCGGCCGAGACGCUGCGCGGCGACCCCGCCGUGGCGCUGGCCGCCGUACGCCAGAACGGGUUGGCGCUCCGCCACGUGCGAGAGCCCGCCAGCAACGACCGCCACCUCGUGUUGGCCGCGGUGGCGCAGAACGCGGGCGCGCUGGAGUUCGCCAACGAGCGGUGCAGGCAGGACAGGGGCAUCGUGCUCGCUGCCGUGCGCCAGGACGGCGAGGCUCUGCAGUUCGCCGCGGAGGGGCUGCGGGGGGACCUCGGCGUCGUGCUGGCCGCCGCCCUGCAGAGCAGUUCAGCGCUGCGCUUUGCCGCGGGGCAGCUCGCGGAGGACCAUUCCCUGCUCCGGAGCGCGAAGGCGCAGCUGGCCCAAGGCCACAGCACGGCCGCGCUCUCCUGCGUGAUGGAGGCCUGCCUCGUCGACGGCGACCGCGACGACAGGGUGGCGGUGUGCCAGAGGCUGCCGGAGCUGGAUGCUGAGGUGGUCGUCCAACCAGAGGCCGUCGCGGCGCUGCUGUCCGACGCCGAGUGGCAGGUGCGCCAGACCGCGUGCCGGGCCCUUGGGAGACUCGGAGAGGUCGGGCAGGCGGACGCCAUCGCCGCGCUCGCCGACGACGAGGACUGGACUGUGCGGGAAGCCGCCUGCCAGGCGCUGCUGGACCUCAGCCUCGGGAGCCCGCCGUGGCCCGCGGGCGGAAGCGCGGCGGAGUCCCACGCGGCGGCUCUGGCGUCGUGCCUCGAGGACGAGCGGUGGCUGGUCAGGCGCGUGGCGUGCGAGGCGCUGGGCCACAUCGGCCCCGCGGCGGCCCUCUACGCCGGCGCCCUCUCGGCGCGGCUCGGGGACGAGCGGCUCCCGGUGCAGCAGGCGGCCUCGGAGGCGCUGAGGCGCCUGGGCGCGGCCGCCGCGCCCGCGUUGGUGGUGCAGCUGGCCGACGGGAGCCCGGAGGUGCGACGGGCGGCAUGCGAGGCGCUCGGGCAGCUGGGCGCGAACGUUGUGGCUGCCCACGCCAGCGCCGUGGCGGAGCUGUUGCGAGACGAGACGUGGCAGGUGCGCAGGGCCGCGUGCGAGGCGCUGGGGCACCUCGGCGGCGCGGCCGAGGCGGGGCAGGGCCGCGGUUGGACCGGCAGCGGCAGGGGCAGCGGGAGGUCGCUGGCGGUGCUGCUGUCGGACCCGGAGCUGCAGGUGCGGGACGCGGCGACGGAGGCGCUGCGGCAGCUGGGAGAGGCCGCGGCGCCGGCCAUCGCCGGGAGCCUCGCGGACGGCGACGCGAACGCGCGGAGGGCCGCGUGCGAGGCGCUGGGCAGGCUGGGCGAGGCGGCGGGGCCGCAUUCGGAGGCGCUGGCGGCGCUGCUGCGCGACGGGCGCUGGCAGGUCCGCCAGAUGGCCUGCGAGGCGCUGGCCCGCCUCGGGGAGGCGGCCGCGCCCCACGCCGAGGCCAUCGCCGACGGCCUGGCGGACGAGGACGGCGACGUGCGCCGCGCGGCGCGCGAGGCCUUCCGGCAGCUCGGCGAGGCUGCCGCACCCGCCGCCGGCGCGCUGGCGCGCCACCUGUCCAACAGCAGGUGGCCGGUGCGGCAGGCGGCGUGUCGGGCCCUUGGGGAGCUGGGCUGGGCGGCGGAGCCGUUCGUCGGGCAGAUCGAGGAACUCCUCGCGGACGACGACGAGGCGCGAUCUGAUCCGUUUCCGAUCCUGUUCCGCGGGUCGAUCCAGCUCAGGUGGAGGGUGCGGCAGCCGAGGCACGAUCUCACCGAAAGGAAAGUCGCGUCCCGCAGACGAUCCAUGGUCUUUGACACAGGCUCAGGUUUGUCGGCCGCACACUCUGGAACUGUCGAAGCCCCGUCAUACGAAGCAAAGGACAAUAAGCGCAAUCAUAUGAACUGA